UCGCUGGCUUGUGGCUGCUCCGCUUUGGACUUUGAACAAGUGGCACAAAAGGGAAGAAAGAUGUUCAGGGCAAAGGUCAACAGGAGCCUCUCCUUCCUCUCGACGAACUCGUCGCGCACGACGACGACGCACGGCCAGCACUACCAGUACCUGCAGUGCUCGAAGCUGCCGACCCUCUACUUCCAGCGCUCGCUGCCCCGCCUGCCGAUCCCGCGGCUGGAUCAGACCUGCCAGCGCUUCCUGGCGGCCGUCGAGCCGCUGCUGACGCCCGAGGAGCAGGGGGGCACGCGGCGGGCGGUCGAGGAGUUCCGGCAGGGCGCCGGCAUGGAGCUGCACGCCCGGCUGCAGGCCAGCGACGCCGCCAACAAGCACACCAGCUACAUAUCGCAGCCGUGGUUCGACAUGUACCUGGCCGACCGCGUGCCCCUGCCGCUCAACUACAAUCCGCUGCUGGUGAUGAAGAGCGACCCGCGGCCGGAGUACCAGCAGCAGGUGGUGCGGGCCACCAACCUGAUCAUCAGCUCGCUGCGCUUCUGGCGGUCGCUGCAGGCCGACCUGCUCGAGCCGGAGGUCUACCACAUGGACGCCAAGAAGAGCGACACGGCCGGCUACCGGCGCUGGAUGAAGGUGGCCCCCAAGGCCCUCGCCACCUACGCCUCGUACGCCUUCAAGGCCUUCCCCCUGGACAUGAGCCAGUACAGCCGGCUGUUCGGCACCGCGCGGAUCCCCCGCCUGGGCCGGGACGAGCUCGUCCAGGCGCCGGACUCCAAGCACGUCCUGGUGAUGCGGCGCGGCCACAUGUACGCGGUGAACGUGCUCGACUCCAGCGGCUACAUCGAGAGCCCCAGCGUGAUUCUGGGCCGGCUGAGGGCCGUGCUGCGGCUGGACUCGGAGCGGGAGGCAGCCGCCGUCCCGCUGGGCGUCCUCACCGCCUCGCAGCGCGACGAGUGGGCCCAGAACAGGGCCAGGUUUGUGAGCAACCCGCGGAACGCCGAUCUGCUGCAGAGCGAGGUGGACGCCGCCCUCUUCUGCGUGUGCCUGGACUCCGAGGAGGACGGCGUGUACGACGACAGCCACCAGGAGCCGCUGCUGAAGCAUCUACUGGCGGGAAAGGCGCAGAAUCGGUGGUUCGACAAGUCCAUUUCGCUGCUGAUCAGCGCGGACGGCACCACGGCCAUCAACUUCGAGCACUCCUGGGGCGACGGCGUGGCCGUUCUGCGCUACUUCAACGAGCUCUGCAGGGACACCCUGCGGCAGCCGUUCGUCUCCACGGAGAGCGUGCACACGCCCGCGGAGGGGGACCUGGGCAACGUGCGGCCCCUCGACUUUGAGAUCGACGAGGCGACCAGGUCGGCCGUGGCGGAGGCCUACGCCAAGAACGCCGCCAUUGUGGACGGCCUGGACAUGCACCUGCUGCGGUACCCGCACCUGAACAAGCCCGCCUGCAAGCAGUACGGCCUGAGCCCCGACUCCAUCAUCCAGCUGUCCUUCCAGCUGGCCCACCGCCAGGCCUUCGCCGGCUACGUCGGCAGCUACGAGUCCUGCAGCACUUCGGCCUUCCGCCACGGGCGUACCGAGACGAUGCGGCCCUGCACCACGGCCACGCGGAGCUUCUGCGAGGCCCUGCUCCAGCCGGCGCGGAGCAGGCCGCCCGCCGGCGAGCUGCGGGCCAUGAUCGACCAGUGCAGCCGGGUCCACGGGCAGCUCACCAAGGAGGCGGCCAUGGGCCAGGGCUUCGACCGGCACCUCUUCGCCCUGCGGAACACCGCCCAGCGGGAGGGCCUGCCCGUGCCCGCCCUCUACGAGACGGAGGCCUAUCGGCGCCUCAACAACAACAUCAUCAGCACCUCCACCCUCGGCUCGGAUGCCCUGCUGGCGGGCUCCUUUGGCCCGGUCGUGCGGAAUGGCUUUGGCAUUGGCUAUUCCAUACAGAAUGAUUUCGCCGGAGCUAUUGUCACCACGUACAGGAACCAGGCCGACGGCAAGGUGUUUAUUGACAGCCUGGAAUCGGCAUUCGACAAAAUAUGUGCCGUCAUCAAGGAGAGCGACAGCGGCAGCGGCAGCUCCAGCGGCAGCAAGGAGGGCAAAUAAAAGGCUUCUCCGUCCGGACAUAUGGCCGUAAACAGAAUGAGAUUUAUGCUGAUGCCUCUGCAAUGUAUUGCAUCGCUGGCAUGCCUUGUGUGUCCCUAUUCCAAGCUCUGCAAUUUAUAGAUUAUAGACUGAAAAUAUGUACGUUGUAUGUUCGGCCCAGCCCCACGGAAGGCCCUUUGUGGCCGGAAGGGGGGGAAUAAAUGACGCCGCAACUAGCAAAUCGAA